ACAAAAUCCUCAGUCAGAAGUCAAAUCUUCACCAACCUUCAACAAACAUUGCAAACAUGAACAAGUUCAUUCUGAUUGCGGGUCUGUGCUUGACCAUCACCAGCUUGGCUUGUUCCUCAAAACUGGUGUGUUAUGUCACCAGCUGGUCCGUCUACCGACAGACGCUGGGAAAAUUCACCACUUCGAACAUCGAUCCAAACCUGUGCACCCAUCUGAUCUUUGCCUUCGCCGACAUGAGUAACAAUCAGCUGGUUGCCAGAAACUCCGAUGACGAGAUAUACUUAAAUGAUUUAAGUCUGUUAAGAGAAGAAAAUCCUCACCUACCAGUCCUUGUGGCAAUUGGAGGCGCUGUAUUUGACAAUAAUAAAUUCAUCAACAUGGCAUCACACACAGAAAGUAGAAAAACUUUCAUUGAGUCUACAAUUCAAUUCCUGAGAGAAAGAGACUUUAAUGGGAUCAACCUGGACUGGGAAUAUCCUCAAAGCGCACACAAAGACAUGUUUUCAAUACUGUGCCAGGAUUUGUACAAAGCCUUUGUUGCAGAGGCAACGCUAAAUGGCCUUCCCAGACUGCUGGUCACAGCUGCCGUGACUGCUUACAAACCAUACAUUGAUAACGGUUAUGAUGUUCCAUUCAUUUCCAGUUACCUGGAUUUCAUAAAUGUAAUGACAUUUGAUAUGCAUGGUGUAUGGGACGGAGUCACAGGACAUCAUAGUCCUUUGUACAAGAGAAGUAAGGACAAGGGAACUUCUGCAUUCAAAAAUGCUGAAUAUGCAAUGACAUACUGGAGGGACAGCGGCGCACCCUCUGAAAAGCUCAUUAUGGGAUUUGGUGCAUAUGGACGAACCUUCACACUGUCCACUUUCAACAGUGACUUCGGAGCACCAAUCAGUGGAGCAGGUCAGGCAGGCCCUUACACCAAGGCACCAGGCUUCUGGGCCUACUAUGAGGUGUGUGACCAUCUUAAAACAGGGACUGUAAUGUGGUCUGAAGAACAGAAAGUUCCAUAUGGCAUAAAAGAAAAUCAGUGGGUUGGAUACGAUGAUAAGAUGAGCAUUGACUAUAAGGUGGACUUCAUAAAAGAAAAGAACUUUGGCGGAGGCUUUGUUUGGUCUCUGGACUUGGAUGAUUUCAACGGGGCCUUCUGUGAUUUGGGCAAAUAUCCCCUUGUCCAACAUCUGCAUAAUCUUCUAAUAGAGCCUUUGUCAACUACCACGACCACCUGCACCACCACCUGCACCACCACCACCGCCACCACCACCAUCUCCACCACCACCACCCACACCAGCACCCCCCCCACCUCCACCCCCACCACCACCACCACUCCCACCCCCACCCCCACCUCCACCACCACAACUUCUGCUGAUGAGGAAAGCAAUUUCUGUGUUGGAAAGGACAAUGGACAAUAUGCCAUUCCCGGUUCUCCAGGUUCUUACUACAACUGUGGGGAUGAGAUCACUCACAUCCAACAUUGUUUUACCAACUUAAUCUUCUCAGAGUCCUGCCACUGCUGUACCUGGCCAUAAGCAGGUGUGCACCAUCAUAACUACCCAUAUAUACACAAAGGGUGAAUGAUACAAAGAUGUGCCUCACAUCUGCACUUCCAAAUUAUUAAGGGGAAAUUGCAUUCUGUUCUUUUUCUUGUUAUGAGAUGAAGUACAGAUAGACGAAUAUUUACUUUUCUCUUUUUAAUAGAGCAUACAUUUCUGUCAUGACCUCUGCCUCCAGGACCCCAGGUCCUGGAUGAUGUUAAGUUCAAAUUUAUUAUUGAGAGGGUUUGUUUUACUUUGUUGUCUCUUUUCAUGGUCUUCGGGUUUUUUAGAACUUUGUUCAUUGUUCCUGACUUUCCUUUUAUUUUCUCAAUUCCUAUUUUAUAACAAUGUCUCUAAAGAUUUAGAUUUGGCUCGUCGGGACUAUUUGGGCGAAUUGGAAAGUUCCUUACUGGUUAUUUCACUAAACAAGCAUGCAAAUGAAAAGUGGGUUUUAUUGGCAAACGUUGUCCAUGUCGAGCUUGUGUGUGGGUUCCGAUCCCAUGUCGAUAUAAGUUUAAGGAGUUUCCUCAUGUCACAACAGCUUUCUCCAAAGAAACUAGUGCAGUUCCAUCAUUUACAAACCCAUCAUAGCAAACAAUCACAUAAUCCAAAAAAAAAGUGACCACAUGAAGUUGACUCUUGGUUAUUUUAUUGCAACAAGAUCAAGUUGUUCUGUAUCUAAUAAAGGGUGCAAAAUAUUACACAAUAUAAAAUUUAAUUGUGAUCAUUUUUGACAGACUGUGACAGUGAACGAAUUGGUACAACUUCUCAUUUUUGCAUCUUAACUGGAACAUAUCAACAUCAUAAAUA